AUGGAAUUGGUUACAGUAUAUGAUAAAUUGGAAAAAAUAUGGUCGGGUUCAGGUUCAGGAAGAAUUUUUGAUUCAAAUAAAUCUAUUGGAGAGAUUGCAUUUUAUAUGAUGCGUAGUAAAUCACCUACUGAAAUAUGCCAAAUAUCAGAUUCUGAAGACACAACGUUGACCUAUGGAACUGCCAUUACAUAUGCUAUACGUAUAGCACAGCAUUUUAGGAAAUUGGAACUGACUCAGGAUGAUAUUGUGGGAAUAGUUGCGCCUAAUACUACUCUACUAAUGCCUGUUGCAGUCGCUUGUUGGUUAAAUUGUACACCAUUUCAAGCAAUCUAUCCACUACAUGAAGAAAAUGUUAUCGAACAUCUUUUUAAUAUUACUAAGCCAAAAGUAAUUUUUUGUGAUGGUUUACGGUACGAAAAAAUUAAAAACUUGGAAGAUUUACUCGAACCCACAAUAACGGAACAUUUCUUUCGACCAGCUACAUUAAAAUAUGGACCAAACCAGACAAUGGGACUGUUUUGCUCAUCUGGUACCACUGGUCUUCCAAAAGCUGUUUGUAUAUCAAACCAUUUAAUGACGAAGAAUUUGGGCUUUACUGAUCGUGCUUCAAUAAUGUUCUCCUUCUCUACACCAGACUGGACAACAGGGCUUCUAAGCCUCGCGAUUAAUACGCUACUUGGUGGUGUACGCAUAGUUACAACGAAACCAUAUUCUCCAGAAUAUUUGAUGGAAAUCGUCAUUAAGUAUAAAGUUUCGUUUUUGGGAGGACACUGUCCCAUAUCUACGCUAGAACGUGUGCGUUCUCAGCUUACCAUGGCUGUACUUUUAAAUGGCUACGGCACUACCGAAUGUGGUGGCAUAGCCGCUAACAUUAAGAAUUAUAAAAAUAAUUCGGUUGGUAGAAUCCUACCCGAAAUAGAAAUUAAGAUUAUUGAUCAACAAACUGGUGAAAAGUUAGCACACAAUCAAGUUGGUGAAAUUUAUGUGCGUACGUCAAGCAAAUGGAGUGGUUACUAUGGAGAUGUGAAAGCGACUGAAGCUGUAUUAGAACUUGAUGGUUGGGUACAAACUGGAGACUUGGGUUACAUAGAUGAAGAAAACUACUUAUAUUUGCUUGAUCGUAGCAAAGAUAUUUUAAAAUACAAUGGCAGACAAUAUUCUCCACAUGAAAUCGAAGAAACUAUAUUAGAGUUAUCAGAUGUAUUGGAUGCGUGUGUUUUUGGUGUUUAUGACGAUAAUUUUAAUGAUUUAGCGGCAGCAGCAGUUAUGAAGAAACCUGGUGCUAAGUUAACAAAGGAAGAGAUUGUUAAGUACGUUAAGGAACAGCAUGAAGAUAAUAGCAAGCACCUGAACUAUGGCGUUUUCCUUGUGGACGAAAUACCAAAAAAUGCUAAUGGAUAUAUUACAACUUUGAUGGACACGGAUUAA